AUGGAUUGUAACUAUCUUUUAGCGUUUAUUUUUCUACACGUUGCUUACGGAUUGACUGCAGAAGAACAUGGCGAAUUAACUCGAAAGUUCAAGUAUUAUUAUGCAUCAGUUAGACCACAGGAACAAAACAAUCGUGUCACCAAUAUAAAUGGGACAUUUUUUGCUCUUAAUUGUGAUCUUAAAAUCAUUUCAACUAAACCUUAUCAUAACAAAGUUCACAUGGAAAUAAUAUUCGGUUUUACAUUUACCGAUGAAAGACUUGUCAUCCGUGAACUAAAAAAUCGAUUCCGAAUGCCACCGGAAUAUUAUCCAUGGCUUCCGGAAAUUAUAACACAUCCUAAUGUUCCGAUCAGUACUGUUAUCUAUUUGGAUCCAUCGAUUGGCAUCGUUGAUGCACUUUACCGAUACUCUGUGGAACUUCUUUGUUCAUCUGAAAUUUGGCGACAUCCUUUCGAAUUAUUUCAAUGCGAGUUUGUCAUAUCAAAUAUUGGAGAUGAGCGUAUUUUUCUCCGUGAUUUUUUGGAUUUGCGUAAUACAGAACAAAUUUCAAAAGUUUCGGUCAAUGUUGAGACAUUCAAAGAAAUAAGAAUCAUUAUAAGCUAUCCAGAACUAUGGUUCUCAUCUAUGGUUGCUAAUAUAUUACCUUCUACAAUCAUUUUUUGUGUUGUUAUUUUUGCGCAAUGCGAGUGCCGUAAAGUACAUACAUUAAUUACAAUAUCUGCUCUAAUGUGCAUUAUUUUCAUGCAAUCAAAUCACAAAACAGAAAGCACUUUGACCUUGGAAGAUUUAUGGUUAUGUGUCACAUUUUUACAUCUCGUCUGCAUUCUACUAGUAGAUCUAACAGCACCAAUGUAUUCUACUCAAUAUCUCGAUACUAGCAAUGGCCAAUUCAUUGGUAUUAUUUCGAAUAGACAAUUCAUUGAUUUCGCAGACGUGGAUAUCGUCAAAUCAUCACUAAUGCGACAAUUGACACUUUCUCGUGACACAUCUGCUAAACCAACUCAAAUGAUAAAGCAACAAAACAACAAACUAGCAGCACUGGGAUUACGGAAACGACUAUCUUUAGCAAUUGUCACAUGUUGCUAUUUCAUUUUUGUUAUUACUUAUUUCAUGCUUGCACUUUAUUUAAUUCUUAAGCAAAAAAACUUCCUGUAG